AUGAGCAAAUAUAUAUGGCAUGAAAAUGGUUUUUUAAUUUUUGAAGAUUAUAAUUUUGUUACGUAUACCAGAAGGCAAGGGAACCACAAAUAUGAGCGUAAGAAUAAAGAAUGUUUGAACCAUUUUAAUAAUGGUAAAGAAGGUAUAUAUAAAAAUGUUUUGUUUAUGGAAAACUACCAUCUUAGUAUAGAUCGAAAUAAUGAAGCAUAUUAUAUAUUUAAAGAAAAGAAAUUUUUCCAAAAGAUACAAAAGAAUAUCAAUUCGUUAAUGUUAUAUUUACAUAAAUUAAAAGAAAAAAAGAAAAUUAGGAAUAUUUAUUUAUUUAUUAAAUUUAUUAGUUCAAAAUGUAUCCUUAAAAUGUCUACUUAUUAUUAUAUAAAAUACAUUAUUGAAAAUAUUUAUGAAUAUAAAUUAGAUGAAUUGGUUCGUGUAGUAUUACCAAUAUAUAAUAUACAUAAAUUGUAUUCAUAUAUUUAUUAUGAAAAUUAUUGUUUUAAAAAUUAUUACAAAAAUAUACUAUCCAAAAACGAUAUUAAAGAACUCAAAAAAGAUUCAUGUCCUUUUAUCCUUCUCAACCAUAAAAAUGCACACAUAGUUUUACCUUACUUGUUUAUGUAUCAGAUGAAUGUGUUAAAAGAGGAAAAAUGUAAAAAUUUUAAAAAACAUAAUUUAUCAAAUAAUAUGAAAUACUCAUUAAAUGAUCAUUAUAUUUUUAAUCCGUCAAACCUUGACGUACUACAUUCAAAAUUGAAAAAUAUAGACAAAAAAAAAAAAAAGAAAAAAGAAAAAAGAAAAAAAAAAAAAAAAAAAAAAAAACUUAUUAUGAAUAACUCAACUAGCCAAAAACACAAAAUUGAUCAGGUAAAAAAUAGCAAAAAAAAGAAAAGAAAUUUUAAACAUAUAAAAAUAGAGAAAUAUAAAAUAAAACAAACAAUUAACAAAAGUUUAAAUAAAAGCAACAUAGGUCUAUUUGCAGGGACAUUUGAUAAAAUCCAUCUUGGUCAUAUUCUCUUAUUAUUUUAUUCUAUAUUUUUAACUAAAAAUUUUUUUUAUAUUGGAUUAUAUAAUAAUAAAAAUAUAUGUAAUAAGAAAUAUUCAGAUGAAAUUGAUGAUUUGAAAUUACGAAUUUUUAGUAUAACAGAUAUUUUAUUUCUAAUCAAAAAUGUUUAUCAAAUUCAUUUUAUUUUUCAAAACUUUGAGCACAUAAAUCCUUUUAUAAAAAUAAAGAAUGCGCACAAUAUUUUAUAUGAUAUAAUAACAAAGGAAAAGGGUCAAUUCAUUAGUGAAAUAAAAAAGGAUAAAUAUUAUCAAUAUCAAAAUCAUAAUUAUGAUGACUGUAGGAUAAAUAUUAAACGUUUACAUAAAAAAGGAACAAAAGGUACUACAAAGGAUAAUGUCACAAAUAUGGAUCGAAUGAAUAGAAAAAAAAAUAAUCAUAUAUAUAAAAUAAAAUUUGAUGAUAGAAACAAUAAAGAAAAAAAAAAACAAUUUAUUUCUUUAAUAAAAAAUAAGAUUAAUACGAUAUAUCAAAAUAUAUGUGUAAAUCAAAAGAUUAUAAAAUGUAUUCGUAGGAAUUUACAUUUUUAUAUUAAUAAUCAGAAUAAACAUAAAGCUAAAAAUAAAAAUUCAAAAAUAAUUGUCCUAAAAAGAAUUCACGACCCUAUAUCUUUUGCUCAAGAUAUUUAUGAUUUAUAUUCUUUAACUAUAUCUAAGGACUCAGAAAUUAAUGGUUAUAAGCUUGUGAAUGAAAGAAGACGUAUUUAUGCUGAAUUGAAAAUACAAAAAUAUACUAAACACAUUAGUAAAAAUAAAAAUUUUAUUCAUAUAUGUACAAAAGAUCCUUCAUAUGAUAAUAAGAAGAAUUUCUUUUUCAAUAAUACGUAUGAUAAUAUUAAUAAAGAUAAAAAUAUAUCAUAUUUAUAUAAAGAAAAAACAACUUUAAACAUUUUCGAUACAAUUAAUUUACGUAAUGGAGAAAAAUGUAGCUCAACAUGUGUUCGGAAAGAAAAUUAUUUAUUAAAACAAGUAAACAAAUUUUAUAAAUAUCUAAAAUAUUUUAUUGAAGCAUGUAUAUAUUUUGAUAUUGAUUAUUUUAUUAUUCAAAUGUAUAUAAAUUUAUUUCUUCAACGAAAUGGAAAACAGCCUUUUCAAAAACAUUAUAUAAGAAAAGUCAAAUGUUAUUUUUGUAAAAUGAAAAAUAAUAAUAAUAACAAUAAUAAUAAUAAUAAUAAUAAUAAUAAUAAUAAUAAUAAUAACAACAACAAUAAUGAUAUGAUGAAAAAGAAAAAUCUUUUUAUAGUUAACGACUUUUUUAGAAAUAUGUUUGUUAUAUUAUCCUUUUUUGUAAAUCAUUUUGUUGAUAAAAUUACAGUUCAUAAUCGAAAAUCUCUAUUUAUUAAAUUGGCCUUGGCUAUUUCCUUUUUCUUUUAUAACAAUAUUAUUUUGUUAAUAAUCAAAAAGAAAGAACAACUAGUAAAUGAAAGUUAUAACAAAGACCAAAAAAAAAAUGAUAAGGAAAAAACAAAGAAUCAUAAUAAUAUUAAUAAUGAUAAUUAUUAUUAUAAUAAUAACCAACUAAAUUUUAGUCUUGCUAAAAAAAUUAGUAUGUUUGAUAAUCAGGAAGAAAAUAUUUUCAAAAUAUAUAUUACAAAUAUAGACCAACUUAUAUUUGUAAAAAUAUUAAAUCAAAUUCUAGUUUUUACCAUCUUGAUUUUAUCGGCAUCUAUUUUGUGUAAAAUGUAUGAAAAUUUCCCACGAAUAGAAAAAAAAAAAAAAAAAAUAAAAAGAAAAAAAAAUAAUUCCUAUACACAAAUGUGUACAGAUCAAAUAUUUAACAUUAGUAAGAAAAAAUUAUUCUCAUCAAAGAAAUACUCCAAAAUAAAUGUAAGGCAACAAAUGAAUGACAUAUGUGAUCAUAUAAAUAGUGAUUCUUUUAUUGAAGAUAAUAAUAUGUCAUAUAAUUUUAAGAAUAACGAAAAGAUAUUAUAUAGUAGUAAAUAUAUAAUUACUCCUUAUAACUUGUGUAAAUAUAAAUUAAGAUGUUUUUCCAAGAAAAAAUUGGACCAUUUGAAAUUUCAUGAAGAGAAUUUGGUAAGGAUGAAAGCUGAUAGGGAUUAUAUGUGUACAUCUAACAAGAAAAGAAAAAACAAAAAAAAUAUGGAUAAUGAAAAUAAUAUGUAUUAUAAUAAUAAUAAAAAGAACGAUUAUAAUAAUAAUAAUAAUUAUUAUUAUUAUAACCAUUUGGAUUUUAAUAAAAACAAAAGUAUCGCUCCGUUACGCCAUACAUAUAUUAAUAAUACUUAUGAUGUACCGUCAAGAGAAAGACAACUUAUCUUUCCGGAACAAAAAAAUAAAAAUAAAAAUAAAAAAAAUGAUAUAAAAAAUUUUGUAAAAGCAUAUAAUACAACAAAUUAUUGCAAUGUUGAUAACAGAUUACAAAAUUUCCUUAUGUCACAUAUAAAUAAUAAUAAUGAUGAUAAUAUAUUUUUUUAUAGAAAAAUAUUAAUAUAUGAAUUUCUAGAUAAUUAUUUUAUUUCAUUUUUUUUAUUUUAUUUUUUAAAAUAUAAGGUAACAAAGAAUUAUAAUGAUAUAUAUGCAAGUAAAAAACAGAGAGAUGAUUUUAUAUACAUAUUAUUAGUACACUUUCAAAAUCAUAUCGAAAUGAUUAUAAAUACUUAUAUAAAUAAUAAAUGGACAUUAAAAGGAAAAGAAGAAAAUAAUCCAUUCGAUCUUUAUAAUAAAUAUAAAAUGAAAUAUUCUGUUAUUCAUAGAUAUUUCAUUGUAAAACUAUGCCCACUCAAUAAUUAUAAUAUUGAUUUUGAAAAAAAAUAUGAAUUUAAUAAUAUAAAACAAAAUAACUUUCGACAAACACCUUUCUAUAUUAAUUUAGAACAAUACAAUAAUUUAAAUGUGAUGUCAUUUUAUCAAUUUAUAUUUCAAAGUAUAUUAAAAUAUGAAAAUUAUUAUUAUCCAUAUUUUUCAUUCCUUAGUGCAUUACAAUUAAACAUAUAUUGA